AUGAGGGGGAUCUAUGUGUGUUUCAUGGGUUUUGGAUCUGGAAAUUGUGGGUGGCUAAGGGCUAGGUUGCGAAAUGGGAAAGUAUCUCUUGUUGCCGGCUGCCGACGAAUCUUCAAGGAGGAUGCUGAGAAAGACAGCGACUGGCGGCGGAUGAUUUCUGCUAGGUUUUUUGGUAGGAACGUUGACGAUGGUGGUGACGAAUUGGGUCUAUCUGUUCAGCUGAUGGGAUCCCGCCGCAAACCUCUUGCCUUCUUCCUCUUCGCACCAACAAACCUCCAAAUCCUUCUCGCCGCCGCUUCAUACCUAGGGCACCGUGGAUUCUGA